AUGACAUCGAAAGUCAUUAACCUAGACAGAGAGGUGAUUUAUCAUGUCAAAUCGGAAUUUAAACAGACGUUCAUCCGUGUUUGGGCUUUCCAGGUCGAGUUUAUCUGGGGGCAGAAGAAGAACCGUCUUGGGUUUUGGCUCUACGUCUUCGUUUCUGCCAAUCGUCUAUUUAAUCUGCGGAAUAAUAACCUUCGCUCCCGUUGUUCCGCCAAAGAUGUCAGUCUAGGCGCGGAAGCGAUUGUUUCACCAUUUACUCACACCAAGUCGUGUAGCUGCAUCACUUAUCUCACACUCGAUGACGCCGUGACACUUUUGAUUACCAUUGUUACGCAAACUAUCCUACAGAUUCGGGUUUAUGCUCUAUACGUACAAAGCAGAAGCAUCCUCAUAUUCCUCCUGUGCUGCUGUGCUCUCGAAGUUUUGACCAUGUUGGUCUUAGCAGUCAUAACCAUGGAUCGCUUGUCUCAUUUUCCAGUAAUUUCAACGGCAACUGGUUGUUAUUAUUCAGGACUCUCCAGGCCUUCCGCGAUAUUCUGGAUCCCGCCUCUUAUAUAUGAACUGAUAUUAUGUCUGCUUGUAGUAUGGAAGGCUUGGGACGAGGAGAUUCUAUAUCGCUUCGGGCUAGGACCACACACCUCCGACGGACAACCGCUUUUUACAACCCCUUGCAUGGUGAAGUUGAUUGCUCGUGACAGCUUGAGGUACUUCUCGGCAAUCUUCGUGGAAUUCGUGAUCAGCACGGUCAUAUGGUCCCAUUACAAGUACUAUGUCGAUGUCACUAUGCCAUGGGCCUGUGCACUGCCAUCUAUACUUGGGAGCCGCCUCUUCAUCAACAUGCGAGAAAGCAUGCUCGAGACGAGCAAUCAGAAUUCGUACGUCCUGGAGACGUUCCAGUUUGCAACACGCCCCGUCCUUGAGUCUGCAGAUGCACGCAGGGACCCAGAGCUUACUGCGGAUGCCCUACAUCCUCAUAUGACAUCUGCACCAGACGUUGAAUUGGUGUGA